CAACAACUUAGCGAAAACUUCUCAGAGAAUGCUCCAAAACUCAGCAGUGCUUCUGGUGCUGGUGAUCAGUGCUUCUGCAACCCAUGAGGCGGAGCAGAAUGACUCUGUGAGCCCCAGGAAAUCCCGGGUGGCAGCUCAGAACUCAGCUGAAGUGGUUCGCUGCCUCAACAGUGCUCUACAGGUUGGCUGUGGGGCUUUUGCAUGCCUGGAAAACUCCACCUGUGACACAGAUGGGAUGUACGACAUCUGUAAAUCCUUCUUGUACAGCGCUGCUAAGUUUGACACUCAGGGAAAAGCAUUUGUCAAAGAGAGCUUAAAGUGCAUCGCCAACGGGGUUACCUCCAAGGUCUUCCUCGCCAUUCGGAGGUGCUCCACUUUCCAGAGAAUGAUUGCUGAGGUGCAAGAGGAAUGCUACAGCAAGCUGAACGUGUGUGGCAUCGCCAAGAGGAACCCCGAAGCCAUCACUGAAGUCGUUCAGCUUCCCAAUCACUUUUCCAACAGAUACUAUAACAGACUUGUCCGAAGCCUACUGGAAUGUGAUGAAGACACAGUCAGCACAAUCAGAGACAGCCUGAUGGAGAAAAUCGGACCCAACAUGGCCAGCCUUUUCCAUAUCCUGCAGACAGACCACUGUGCCCAACUACACCCACGAGCUGAUGUCAACAGGAGGCGUACCAACGAGCCGCAGAAGCUGAAAGUCCUCCUCAGGAACCUCGGAGGUGAGGGGACCUCUCCCUCCCACAUAAAACGCACCUCACACGAGAGUGCAUAACCAGGGAGAGGUGUUCACAACCUCACCAAACUAGUAUCAUUUUAGGGGUGUUAAUACACCA